GAGGUUUUCAACAGGCAAUUUCCAGAGAUUGCUCUCCGCUCCUUUGGCGGAAAGCCCAGCGGAGUACUGCAGAUUACGAUAAACACACCGGUCCUCCCAUGGGAGCUGGGUAUUGUUCCUGUUGGCUACCGUGCUCACUAACGCCUGUGUCUGUUUGUCUUUGGGCCUUUGUCCUCUAGGGUGCCAACAUCCAGCUCGAGCAGUUCGUCGAAGCGCUGGACCCGGCAAGCCGCACCGUCUCGCGCCUGAUGGCGGCGGUGGUCAAGGAAACCAUCUCGCCGCGCCGCCCGUCUGAGCCAGGCUCGCCUGCAAUUAGCGUCGCCAGUAUGCGCGGUGGACAUUCACCUGCCGUUGACGGCAGCGGGGUCUGGCUGCCCAAUGCCCGGCGGAGCCGGAGCUCGGUGGCCAACGUCGACCUGGACCAUGUGCGCAAUCUGAUGGAGGCCAUCGAGAUCGUGUCGCCCAACAUGGUUGGCGCCGACAUUGGCGUGGGUUCGCCGAUUCCCGAGAUGCGCAGCGGCUGGUCGCUGCCCAGGCAGGCGCACCACGAACAGAUGCUGCCAGCUCCAGCCAACGCGGGCAGCUACUCGCAGACACACGCGCUCAGGCACCGCCGCACAUCAGUGCAGAUGUCGGCUGGGCAGGGGAUCCCGAUCCGCCCGUCGCGGUCGCGCAACCGCAGCUCGCAGAUCGACCCGCUCGAGUUUGCAGAGUACGCUGUGGCGCACAUGCGUCCCAGCCCGCGGUUCACGCCCAUGGGCCACGGGUUCCCGCUCAGCAGCUCGGCCACCAGCGAGUCGCGCUCGUCGCUGCCGCGCUCGUUCUUGGCGCAGCAGGCGCGCGACGGCCACAUGGCGCACCAGCACCCCGGUGCCAGUGCGCUUCUGAACCUGCCGCGGCAGCACGGAAUCGAGGAGGCCCGCCGCAUGUACGCCCAGCACGCUGGCCUGGGACGCAGCUGCAACAGCGGCCUCAGCAACGGGUCGGGGGAGACGUCGCCUGGCAGUGGCCGCUCGUCGCUGAGCCCGGCCAUGCAUGACAGUAGCAGCAGCGGCGGAUCGCUGAUGAACGGCAGCAGCGCAAUGGCUUGACUGUAUGACUUGAACCUAUUCUCCUCGCACUCCGACCACAUACCCUGCCCCCUGUGUCUGACACAUCUGGCACUUUCCUACGUAUCAACCAAACACGCCAACUCCUUGUUUUGUACAUUUCUCCCACAUAUUUGUCACUUUUACGUUGAUGACCAGCAGCGCUGCUCAGAUCUAUAUUUUUUA